UCGAGGAUAAUCGUGAAGGAUUUGCCCAAGCAUGUGACAGAGGCUGAACUUCGAGAUCACUUUUCACCGAAAGGAGAAAUUACAGACGCGAAAUUGAUACGCCUCAAGGAAGGUAAAAGUAGACAAUUUGCUUUUAUUGGAUUCCGUAGUGACCAUGAGGCUCAAGAUGCUGUCAAGUCUUUGAACAAGUCUUAUCUCGGCGCUUCUCGGAUAGUUGUUGAGAUUGCUCAUAAAGUCGGAGCCGAGAACGUUCCCCGUCCGUGGAGUCGUCAUUCACUCAAGAAAGAAGGGAAAGUUGAUGGAGAAUCUUCUAAUGGAAUCUCAACCAAAGGAGACAAAAAGACUAAGAAGAAACCAGAGGCUGAUGAUGAUCCUGAGCUCCAAGAGUUUUUUGACGUUAUGCAGAGGGGCAAGUCGAAAAUCUGGUCCAAUGACGUGUCGAUUGCUCCUACCGCUGAAGUAACCACCGAAGGGAAGGUUCCGGUGAAGAAAGCAGAUAAGACGACGAUGGAUUCCGAUGGUGAUGAGCCUGACAAAGCUCAAGGAGAAGAAGAGCUUAAGGAGCAUUUUAGCAAAUUCGGUGAGACAUCAGAGGUCCAUCUUGUUCUUGACAAGGAGACAAAAAGGUCCAAAGGAUUUGCCUACAUCCUUUACCCGAUUCCGGAGUGUGCAGCAAGGGCAAUGGAGGAAUUAGAUCACUCAAUUUUCCAGGGACGGUUGUUGCAUAUUAUGCCAGCCAAGCACCGUGAAACGUCGACUAUACAAGUGAAUGACACUUCUCAUCUGCCAAAAACAUUCAAGCAAAAGAGGGAGGAACAAAGAAAGGCGUCUGAAGCCGGUGGAAAUACAAAGUCUUGGAAUAGUUUAUUCAUGCGACCUGAUACUAUCCUAGAAAACAUAGUCAGGGUGUAUGGCGUAAGCAAGAGUGAGUUUCUUGACCGUGAAGCUGAAGAUCCUGCUGUACGCCUUGCUUUGGGAGAAACAAAAGUGAUUGCGGAGACCAAAGAAGCCCUGGCUAAAGCUGGAGUGAAUGUCACUUCUUUGGAAGAAUUCGCUACAGGGAAAGGUGAUGAGAAGAACCGAAGCAAGCAUAUCAUCUUAGUUAAGAAUUUGCCAUUUGCUUCCACUGAAAAGGAACUGGCACAAAUGUUUGGAAAAUUUGGACGUCUAGACAAAAUUAUUCUCCCUCCGACGAAGACUUUGGCCUUGGUUGUUUUCCUUGAACCGGCUGAGGCACGUACUGCUAUGAAGGGAAUGAAAUACAAGCAAUACAAAGAUGGUCCCCUGUAUCUGGAGUGGGCUCCGGGAGAAAUUCUUGAGGCAAAAACACUUCCCGAUAGCAAUGUUGAGGAAAAUGAUGUGAGAAGAGUCGACAUAGAGCAGCAGGUUAAAAUCGAUCAUGACGUAACUGAGUCAAAUGUCCUUCAUGUUACGAAUCUGAGCUUCAAUACAACUGAUGAGGGUUUGAAGAAGCAUUUGACUAGACUGGUGAAGCAGGGAAAGAUUCUGAGUGUCAAGAUAAUAAAGCAUCUAAAGAAUGGGAAGAAUGUUUCAAGCGGUUACGGUUUUGUAGAAUUCGACUCUGUAGAGACAGCUACCAAUGUCUGCAGAGAUCUAGAGGGAACUUCUCUGGAUGGGCAUGCUUUGAAGUUAAGGUUUUGUGAACAAAAGCGGAGUGACACUGGUGGGAAAGGUUCAGACAAGGAAAAAGCUUCAACAAAGUUGCAUGUGAAGAAUGUAGCUUUUGAAGCAACCAAGAAAGAACUAACACAGCUUUUCAGUCCAUUUGGACAGAUCAAGAGUCUCAGGCUUCCAAAGAGGAAUAUCGGACAGUUUGCAGGUUUUGCUUUUGUUGAAUUCAUGACGAAGCAAGAAGCUUCAAACGCUAAGAAAGCAUUGUCAAGCACCCAUUUCUACGGACGCCAUUUGGUGCUCGAGUGGGCCAACGAUGACAAAAGCAUGGAAGAGACGAGACGUCGUUCUGCUGCUAAGUAUAUGGAACAAGAAAACGAUAAUAAUGCAAAGAGAAGGAGACUAGCUGAAUAG